AUGCUCGCGACCCAAGGAGGGGACAAAUACGCAAACACAACUUUCCUUCAAGGCGACGUCCUGCAUUUAGAAGAGACGGAAGCACUCAGAGGAAAGCAAUUUGACGUCAUCACAGUGGCUUCUGCUCUGGUCUUGUUUCCCGAUCCAAAAGCUGCUAUUGAGCAUUGGGCAGGGUUCCUGAAGCCUGGAGGCAUCAUUGCCAUGGAUGCGACACAUCCAAGAAACCUGGUCUCCGGCAUGGUGCUUGAGAGGGUCGCACGCAGACUGGAACUUCCCAUUCCAUACAAUCGAUCGUGGAGUAAAUCAGAGGACACACUGAAGCAGAUGCUGGAGUCUGCAGGCGUAGAGGUAGAUCAAGUUGUUACCGUAGAGAGUCAAGCAGGAUACGGCCGACGUACUUAUGAGAUGGAGCAGUGGGACGAUUUCUUCGUCGAAAAUGUGAUUGUCAAGGACGUUGCGAGAACGUUUGCGAACAAUGACAUUCGAAGGAAAGCGCAAAAGAUCUACAAGGAAGAGUGGGAGAAGUUGGCGAUAGAUGGAAAGAUUGAAGAGAUUGACUCGGUCUUCCUCGGUAUUGCGCGGAGACGUAAGUGGCCUAAAGAGCUGAACCAGACAAUACUAACAUGCCAGCUAGCUGCGGACGGGUCGAGAUAUGAGCCACAAGUCAUACAAGAUGACGUUGUCUUCAAAGGUGGAUGUCGCUGCGGUGGCGUGCAAUACACGUCGAGCGCCGCGCCUUCAGACAUCACACUGUGCCAUUGUCGCGCAUGUCAGCAAGUCUCAGGCUCUGGCUUUCUGCCCUUUACACACGUUCCCAAAGACAGCAUCUCAUUCACCUAUGCGGACACGCGCACAGUCCUAAGACUAUCGGCCGUUGCGGAACGUACCUUUUGCACGGGCUGCGGAGCUCCGAUCUCUAUGUCAUAUCCCUCCGAUCCCGACGGUCUAGGGUUGUGCAUGGCAACGGUCGAUCUGGAGACCCUUAAGACGGAAGUGGCACCCAAAGUGGUGAAGCAUAUAUUCCUGCGAGAAAAGGCGCCCUGGGUGGUACUUCCCGAAGAUGGAACGGAGCGGUGGGGCACGUCAGAAGACGCGCACCUGCUCGCGCAGAGCUAG